AUGCAGUAUAUGAGUCAGGCCACAGGCUGGGCUGAUAGUUUCACUCUUGCGAUGGCACCCCUUGGUAUCCUUACCAUUGUUGUCAGCGCUAUCAGAGUGGGAGGGCCAUCGUGGCUAAAGGCGAUUAUAGGGAGAGCUAGAGAAAACUUAGCAGCUGCUGAGGUUGAGCUUAUGUCUUCCACUUCUUCGGAUGUCUGUGAGUUAUGGAAUGGUUCUGAGAUUGUUCGGAGUCUUGGGUCACCUCCGGUGCGAGAGUUCAUUCUUCUGAUACCCAAAUCUCCGAAAGAUGCUACUAGGCCUUUUAACUUUGAGUGUAAGAAUAUCAAAGGGGCUGAGGAAGCUGGCUUCUUGACCCCUAGUAAUAUAAUUGAAGACUCAGAAAAGGGUAUGAGUAUGUGCAGUUCUGGGCCAAACUCGCACGAGAUUGAACUUAAAAAAGUCAUUAUCGUCUAUAAAGAGUCAAACUCAGCGCCUAAUGUAUCGCUCAAUGUACAUUCGCAAAAGCGGGCUGAGGGACGAACUGCUGCCGUCAUCGGCACCUUUCUUCAGCUUGGAGUCCUAAUCUACGCUGGAUUCGCAACAUACUAUCACACCCUGAGGUUUCCCAAGGAGGAAAACAUACCUGUGUCAAACUACGCCUUCCCUUGCACUGAUAGUGGCACAAUUAUCUUGGUAACUGGAUUGCUUCUUUGUGCUGAUGUUGUCGAGAAAAGAACUGUGGAGAUUUCCAGAAAGCCACAGGCUGAUUAUGAUGCUUACGCAAUCUGGCUUCAACGCCAAGCAACUGUUGGAGAUCAAGUCUUCAAGUCUUUUGGAAUCUUCUCCGAUGAACCCAGAAAAGAGGUUGUCACAUCACGCCGGGUUGAUACCUCUAUGGUAGGCUCAAAAGCCACAGAGGUUUCGUUUGUCGACAGAAUUGUUCCAGUCGUUUGCUAUCUGCCAUUUCGUAUCAAGAAAUUUCUGAGGCCCAAUUCGGACAGCAGGACGCCUCUAUUCACGGCAUAUUCAGUGCAGUUCUCUAAAACAACACUUGGGGCAUUCCUCAGCAUUUCCGGAUAUGUUGUACAGUUUGUCGGAUUGCGAGACAUGCACUGGUCCGUGUCUAUUGUUCAGCUCGGAGCAGUCGUUUUUAUGACAGCUGCUCGAGCAGCUCUCCGUCGCGGACUGGCCGUUCCCCCGAGAGCACAAUCUUUGUCUCAAGAUUUUGAGCUGGAGUGGCUAGCCUCUACAAUUGCUGGCAUAGAUGGCAGCAGUUUGGAGAUACCUGAAGUCGAGAGCCCAGUUUGGAUAAACUGGGUCGUUUUAGGUAAUGAAGGCUUCAAUCUUGAGUCCUUAGAAGAUAGAAGAAAGGACGCUGCAGGUAGUGCUGAUUCAGGCGAUGAUCGAAAUCAAAGCAGAAGCCAGGAUGAUAGAGAUAAUAUGAAAGAAAAGGACGGAGAAGAAAGCGAUGAUAACAGCGAUAAUGACAAUAAGAAUGACAGUAAGAAUGACAGUAAGAACGACAGCAAGGAUAACAGCAAGGGUAACAGCAAGGAUAACAGCAUGGAUAACAGCAAGGAUAACAGCAAGGAUAACAGCGAAGGGGACAACGAGGAUGAUGGCGAAGCCAUUAGUGAUACAGAAGAGGGCAUAAACGAUGGUGCAGAGGAAGCUAGCAGUGGUCGAGCAGAUGGAGAUGCCGGCAAUUAUAGUGACGAUGUCCAACCAAGUCAUGGUAUCGACAUGGAAGAUGAGCACCAUGGUGGCAGUGUGGCAGCGAGGAACGAUGAAGGUCACUCGAGGGCGACUUAUUUGAAGCCCCAAAUAGUCAUGAUACUGCGGUCCUACUUUGGAAAGGUCACUGGUUGGCGAAGUCCGGUUUUCGCUGAGGCGAACUCUCUCUUUAGGGCCAUAGAAGUGGCCAUGAAUACGCUGUUCCUUAAAAGCGAGCUGGAGCAUUUCAGUUGGCAGUUUCAAGCCACAUGUAACAACUCAGACCCUCAAAUCAUCAGCGUGCCCAUGAGCCUGGUCAAAGGAAACUGGCAUGUCAGUCGCGACGAUACCGAGGCAAUUCGGUCACUCUGGAUAUUAUCGAUGAAGAACGCUCUCAGAGACGAGAGUAACGCCCAGAACACCGAUAUCACUACAGACAGACCAAGCGUCCACCUACUCGGCUUAGAUACACCGCAGCUCCGACGAGACCUCCGGUGGUGGGUUCCUCAGGACCUUAAGAAAGCAAUCGUUGUUCGAGAGAGUCCUGAAGGUUCUUUAGUGGUAGAAAAGUCUCUUCUUGUCGGCCGCGGAAGGGCCACGUAG